AUGUGAUUCACUGAGACUGGGGAGAGUGGAGAGUGAUCUUCCCGAUGCGAGCAGAGGGCGUAUACUUUAGUGUUCGCACAGAAUUGUACCCACAGUCCGUUUUGACUGAGAGGAAGGACGCAUGUUUCUGUCUCUGUUCAGUUUUCAUCGAAGAAGUCUUCGGGGAUAAUGUGAUGCCCCCCUCUGAACAACUUCAGGGUACCUAUGAAUCGGCCGCGGGAAUAAUAAUAAAUGCAGGGAAGUACUGCGCUUUUUUAAUGAGAAAGAUGAUAUGCCUACACGAAAAUAAAGACCCCUGCAUACGAAGGUAGGAGUCAUACUUCAUACGCCUGAAAAGUGGGACCGCUCAGUCGAGACGAGAUCUGAAACCGAUGAGCAGUUGAGCUUGAGGUUUUUCCAGUAUGGAGCAGGAAGAAUGCAAGGUGUCGGUAUGGGUCUGUCGGGAAGAGAAGCUGGUCUCCGGGCUUUCCAAACGCACCACCUGCGCCGAUGUUGUAAAAGUUCUACUGGAGGACCAAAACUUGCAGCAAGGUGCGUCAGCGGCGAUGCUUUCCGGGACACCCCAGUCCUACUGCAUAGUGGAGAAAUGGAGAGGCUUUGAGAGGUUUUUACCCAAUAAAACUAAAAUCCUGCGUCUAUGGAGUGCCUGGGGAGACGAGCAGGAAAAUGUGAGGUUUGUGUUGGUAAAAAACGAGGCAUCCUUACCAAACAACGGACCUAGGAGCGCCGAGGCGCGUGUGGUUCAGAGCAAAGACAGCCCUUGCGUAUUCAAGGGAGCAGCCAGGACCACAAUGGCUUUCUCACAAGAAAAGCAGCGACGGAUUGUUAGAAAAGCUUUUAGGAAGCUGGACAAAAUUAACAAAAAGAGGGAAGAGACUGUACCUAAAGAUGAAUCAGCUGUGGAGAAAAUGGAAACGUUGGUGCACUUGGUUAUAUCACAAGAUCACACCAUCCGCCAGCAGAUCCAAAGAAUCAAAGAACUGGACAGAGACAUAGAGAGGUAUGAGGCCAAAGUGCACUUUGACAGAAUUAAGAGACAUGGCAUUAAUUAUGUGCAAGACACGUACAUGGUGGAAUCGCGCGCCGAAGCAGAUAAAAAAGAGGACGUUCCAUGUUCGGCGGAGGCCAUUGCGCAGUUUGAGGAGUACGCACUCAGGUGCGAGGAGGUGCUGCGACUUCAGGAGGAGUUGACAGAGCGCGAAGUUCUCGUGGACUGCAUUACCGGUGAAAUUCAGGAGGAGCUGAACCAAAGGUGGAUGAAAAGACGACAAGAUGAGUUGUCGGGCAAAGACACAGACAGUGUUGGAGAGGGCCCUGUGGGUGAAGUAGAUUUACAGGCAGGCGCCAGCGCUACAGAACCAGACGUGGACACAAUAUCAGAAAACGAGUUGGUGUUAGAGGAGGAAAGAAUCAAAACGCAGCUGGAUACCAGUUUAUAUAUUGGUCUUCGUCUCAACACGGAUUUAGAGACAAUUAAGGGUGAUUUGGACCUAAGCCAGGAGAUGUGGGACGCGAAAGAAAAAGAACUGCUGGAAUUGCUUGCAAUAAUUGACUCUGUGGAAUUGAAUGAGAAGUUAACGGAGGAUGACAAACAACAUGCUGGAGUCAAUAAUCCUAAACUGCUGCCUUCCAUGGAGAAGAGUUGUGGAUGGGUGGAGCAGGCCAGAGGUCUCUCAAAAACCUGCAACACGAAUGAUGAGGACUCAGAUACAGGGCUGAGCUCUAUGCAUAGCCAGGACUCCGACAACACACCGGUGUGUGAAUCACUAGUGUAGCUAACUGUACUGAAGCGCUGAAAAUAAUGCAAUGCAAACUCAGGGACACUGGAAUUCUAUAAAAUUAGCAAUAUGAUUAACCUUUUUCCCAAAAGGUAUCAGCAUGGACACUGUAAACGAAACCUAUUAUUGUCACCUUUAUUAACAGUAUGCUGUCUUGAAACAGACCACUAACAGACAUUCAGUCAGUAUAGACAAGCAAUAGAUUUUAGGGGUUCAUGCCAGUUCUGCUAAAAUCCUGACAAAAGUUAUGCAAAGUUGUUAUAGCUUGCUAUUUUGUUUCUUUGUGUCACAAGUAUUAUUUAUCUUAAAAUGUUUAGAAUUAGGGAAAAUGACGAAUGCAUUGAACUGCAAAAUCCCACAUCAUUAUGAUGAUUCAGCUAUAAACAUGCAAGUUACUCUGGAUGUAAAGUAUUAAAACAUUUUAUGAUCUGUU